AUGUCGUCGGCCGCGCUCCAUGCCGUGCCGCCGCAGCAUUUCCAGUCCUCUCCCAAUGCCUCGCCCUCGUCGGCGCGCAGACCUCAGAGCCAAAGACCGUCAACCGGGAGCGGCCCUUCACAUUACGACAGCCCUUCUGCCGUAGCUGCCCGUCAGGUCUCGUCGUCCUCGGCCCAGGCAUCGCCCAACCACCGCAAGAUCUCUACCGCCUAUGACUCGAUGGAACCCGCCAUGCCUCAACAAGAAUACAUGUCCACUCACCCUCACCUCAACGCAGACAGUCCGUCGCAGGCCCGGCGGAAAGAGAUGGACCAACCCUCGUCGCCGAGGCAGAUGAUCCCCGACACCCUUCCCCGUGAAGACAGUGCCAUCUUGAGCAGAUUAGUCAUUGACGACCCGCAAGCCGACGCCGCCCGUGAACGAGCCCGCGUCGCUGAAGCACAACCCAUCUCAGCCAACCACCACCACGAACCAUCGAUGGCAGCCAUGGAAGCCCCCGAGGAAGCCGCACCCCGUCGCCGACAGGAACACCUCAAGUCAAGCCACCCUAGGAAGGAGACUAAGUUUGGAGAGUACAUUCUCGGACAGACACUGGGUGAAGGAGAGUUUGGCAAAGUCAAGAUGGGCUGGAAGAAAGAGGGAGGAGUGCAGGUUGCCAUCAAGCUAAUCCGUCGUGAGACACUGGGCAACAACCCCAACCGGCUGCCCAAGAUCUACCGUGAGAUAUCGAUUUUGCGCGGACUGCAACAUCCCAACAUCGUGCGCCUGCACGAAAUGGUAGAGACUGAGAGGCACAUCGGCAUCAUCCUCGAGUACGCAUCGGGCGGAGAACUGUUCGACUACAUCCUAAACCACCGCUACCUUAAGGACAACGCGGCCCGUCGGUUGUUUGCACAGCUCGUUUCAGGUGUUGGCUACUUGCAUAAGAAGGGUAUUGUCCAUCGCGACUUGAAGCUGGAGAAUCUGCUGCUGGACCGCAACCGCAACAUCAUUAUUACCGAUUUCGGUUUCGCCAACACUUUCAGCCCGGACGACGAACUCGGCGAGGAGAUCGAGUACAACCUCAACAACAAAGAAUACGUCUCCAAGAUGGGAUUGGAGCAUCUGCAGCCGACUGGUCACCGUCGUGGUGAUCUUAUGCAGACAAGUUGUGGUAGCCCAUGCUAUGCCGCGCCAGAAUUGGUCGUUAGUGACUCUCUGUACACUGGUCGCAAGGUUGACGUGUGGAGUUGCGGUGUGAUUUUGUAUGCCAUGCUUGCAGGAUACCUGCCAUUCGAUGACGAUCCGGCCAACCCUGAGGGUGACAACAUCAACCUCUUGUACAAGUACAUCGUUUCGACGCCCCUGACCUUCCCCGAGUAUGUUACCCCUCACGCCCGCGAUCUACUUCGUCGCAUUCUGGUUCCGGACCCGAGAAAGCGUGCAGACCUAUUUGAGGUUGCUCGUCACAGCUGGUUGAGCGAGUAUGCACAUGUUGUUGGUUUCAUAACAAGUACCACAACUACUUCGGCCGAUAUCGUUGAAUCCACCAUUCCUACCGACGAUCAAUACGAUGUACCACAGCUCGCCCGCAGUGCUUCGGUCAGAGAGCCAUCCAAACCGAGUCAAAUCUCCGUCCCUGGCGGUCUUAUCAACAAGAAUGUUCCUAUCAACGAGCCUGAGACCAAGACUCCUCGCGAUGCUAAACGUAGAACAGUCCAGGUUGAGUAUGUUGCUCCUCAGUCACAGACUGUAAGACAGCAGCCUAUCUCUGCCUCGUUGCCUGCAAGUGUCGCUAUGGCACAGCCUGCUCCUCCACCUUCUCAGGGAAGAUCGCGCGCGAGGGGAGACAGUGCUGCUGGUCCCGUUGCCGUCAACCCUGCUUCUUACGACCCUUCCGCCGGUCCUCAGCGCUCUCAGCAACGCCCAGCCACUCAGUCUGCAAUGUCACCGCCUGUUCGCCCCAAUCGCGAGCCUACCCGAGCAGUCACGGACUCGACUCCAUUCACCGUUGGCUCACCGACUUCAACCGCUCGUCCCACUACCAGCGGAUCGAGAUUGCCCUCGCGUGGCAACUCUUAUGGCCAGCCUGCUCUCGCCACUGUUGCCGCCACCAACGCCGAAGGCCGCUUUUCGCAGCCCAAGUCGUCUGGUUACAUCAUCUCCGGUCCUAACUCUCAGGAUGGCUCGAAGAGGAACUCUUACACUGGAAGGCCAGUCAGCCAACAUCUGCCUAGCGAUUACCAAGCCGCCCCUCAACAACCCGCCGAGAGACCGGUACGUGGUCACAAGCGCUCUAACACGGUCGAAAGUUUCACUACCAAGUUAUUCGGUCGUUCUGGCUCUCGUCGUCAAUCGGCAACUCCACAAGAGAUUGCCAAUGCCCGUCAAGAAAGAGAGAAGUCUUCGCGCAUGUAUCCUCCCGUCAGCAUGAAAAAUGCUAUGCCGCACUCAGGCGAGGAUCUUCCUCGUCCUUCUACCGAGUCUUCUCGCCGCUCCUUCGGCUAUAACCGUAAGACUAGCGAGACCGCUGGACCUAGAUCGUCAAGAAGAUUCUCUUUCCUGCCCGUGUCGUUUUCUAGAAUGAGCUUCUCCGGCGCAUCUGGACCCGAAGCUGCCGAAGGUGCUGGUAGACGCGCUUCUGUGCAAGCGAACGCCCGUAGUCGUCCUGCUUCCAAGCAAUCGCCUGUCAUGGCGUUUGGUCAAGGCAGAAGCCGUUCGCCUAGCCAGAGCACCACCAGCAGCAGCAUCCCAACCGUGCAUGAUAACAACGUUGACGGCCGCCGUAAGAUGACCCACCAACCUGUUCGCGGUGCGACUGCCCCCGAUCUCACAAAGAUGCAAGAUCCUGGUUUCUCGCAGCAACAACAAUUCUCGAGACAACAGCAACAAGAGCAGUACAACAACUACACUCCUCCACAGAGCAGUGCUGGUCGACCAAGACAGGAGAACUUCUACACACCUUCGCAAUCCGCUGAAUCGCAAGCAUCCGACUCAAUUGCUCAAACACCAAGACAGCAAUACCCCUCUGGCUUCAACGAAACCGAGUCCGCUGUCCAGGCCAAACCUCAACAUCGUCAACAAGCGGUGCUACAGAAGAACCGCAAAUUCGGUGACGCAUACGAGGGCCAUGGCAACGGUGGUAGCAGUGGUGGUGCUCGACGAGUGAUGGACUGGUUCCGUAAGAGAGGCAAGGACAGGAGCAACUAG